AUGAUAGCAAUCCUGCUUUUUUGUAAAACACCCUUGGAUCGUGUAUGACAGGUAUGCUCCUUGCUCAACACAUACGGUUUGCGCGCUACCGUAAAGGGUUGGCAAAACCGGGCGGCCAGACGCUACGUCAUACGAUGUUGCGCUUGGCACUCCACCCACAAAGCAACAACAAACGCCGCCCAAAUCGUUUUCGCUGCCAGAACCCCACAACAGCUCGCCGACAGCUGCUGGUCAAAAGAGGAGCUACAAAUCAUGGUGUACAUACGACAGGACAAGCUACCGAAGCUCAGGGAGUACAAGUACUCUGGCGUGGAUCAUAGUCUGCUUUCGCAAUACGUUCUCAAGCCCUUCUAUAAUCAUGUGGUCAUAAAAUGUUUUCCCAUGUGGAUGGCACCCAACCUCAUAACUCUUUCUGGUUUCGGAUUCGUCGUAGCCAACUUUCUUACUCUGCUCUGGUAUACACCAACUCUCGACCAGGAUUGUCCGCCUUGGGUAUACGCCAGCUGGGCGAUCGGACUCUUCCUCUACCAGACAUUCGAUGCUGUAGACGGAAGUCAGGCCCGAAGGACCCGCCAGAGCGGGCCUCUGGGCGAACUGUUCGAUCAUGGAGUCGAUGCGAUCAAUACGACAUUGGAAGUUCUAUUGUUCUCUGCAACGAUGAACCUUGGCCAAGGCUGGAAGACAGUUCUUACGCUAUUUGCAUCUUCGCUGACCUUUUACGUGCAAACGUGGGAUGAAUACCACACACAUACGCUGACUCUCGGAGUAAUUUCCGGACCAGUUGAGGGUAUCAUAACGUUAUGCAUCGUGUAUGCAUUAACAGCCUACCUUGGUGGGGGUAGCUUCUGGCAACGCUCCAUGAUCCAAAGUCUCGGAAUCAAAGAAGGCAUCAUCCCGGAAAUUUUCUACAACAUGGCAUGGAAUGAGUGGUAUAUGGUCUAUGGAGGUGUCGUGCUCGUGUUUAACACUGUUUCGAGCGCACUAAAUGUAAUGAAGGCACGUCGUGCCCGUGGUGAAAAGACACGCGUUGCUCUCCUCGGUCUCCUCACCUUCGGCUCCGCCUGGGUCCUUAUCGUUGCAUACCUGUACCUGCAGCCAAUGAUCCUGCACCACCAUUUGGUACCUUUCAUCUUCUACGCGGGUCUCAUCAAUGCGUAUUCGGUCGGUCGCAUGAUCAUCUCUCACCUCACGAAAUCACGUUUUCCGCGAGGCAACGUGCUCAUGUAUCCUCUGAUAUACGGAGUCAUCGACUCGCUCGGACCUUGGCUGCAGGAGCACAUCGGAGUGGGCUGGCCAAGUGCCCUAGGCAACGAUGUUUACCAAGUCGCCUUUGUGUUCAUGUGCUUAGGCCUCGCUGUAGGUGUACACGGAAGCUUCAUCGUGGACGUCAUCUGGACAAUCUGCGAUUAUCUGGACAUUUGGUGUCUCACGAUCAAAUACCCUUACCAGCCAGUAGAAGAGAACAUGGAAAGGAAAGAGCAAUGAUAGGCAGGCAUGGAGCCUCACACGAAGAGAGGCAUCGAAAGGGCAAACGAGGCCAGACUGGUUGUACCAACUGUUCAAUCUGAAGUUCUUCUGCACGCCUGCUGGCGUUCACACUGGUCUUCGCGUGGUGGAACGGUUGGCUGACAUAUUCCUCAUGAGGUCUCACAGCCGACCAUUGUAUCUAUGAUGAUUAAGCUUUAAUAUCACGUUUCCAAGGACGCGAUAUUAAAGCUAUAUUAUCACAGAUACAAUGGUCGGCUGUGGAAACUUAGGAGGAAUAUGACAGAAUUAUGCGAUAACUAUAUAGAUUAAUUUCAUGAGAUAAACUACUUAUCCUA